AAUGAAAAUAAUACCAACUUCAUGCAGUGCUUGUGAGAAUUAAUAAGGUGGUGUAGGUAAAAUACUUGAGCUCAGUGCCUGGCAUACACUUGAACACUCAGUAUUUGCUCUUAUCUCCUGUAUGAACUAACCACAAUUAACUGGCAAUUGUAAUAGUGUUAUUUUCCUAUUUCUCAGCUUCAUUGUUCUAUUUCAUUUGAAACUGAAGGAUGAAAGAUAAAUGCUUGCCAUCACCUAGAAUUGGGUUUUGGCCUUCAAGGAACCUGAGGCUUAGCUAGGUUAUUAACUUUGGAGGCUGGCCUGUAAAUUACUGCUCUAAUUUAUAUUUUUCAUUAAAAGCUCAGCUUGCCUCUUCUUCUAUAGCAGUCUUCCCUGGCCCUGAAACCCUAGUGUUUAGCUAUAAAACAAGGUUUUAAAAUUAAGAGGCCAUAAUUCUCUCAACUCUCCACAAUGUGUGGAUUAAUGGAAUUAAUGAUAAGAAGGUGCACAGAAUAUUAUUUUUAACAAAAGCAGAGACCUGACCCUAUUACCUUUGAAACAUAAAUCAGAGAGAUACUGUGAUGAAGUGUACUGUAUUUCUUUAUGUAUGUGUAGAACUUGACAAAAAAACAUUGGGUGUCAGGAAAUCUGGGUCCUAGGCUCUUCGCUGCCACCAAGAUGCUGUGACCUCUAAUUAACCCUCCACACGUUGGCUUUGUGAGUUUUGCAGGGUUGAGCAUUAGGUAAGUAAGUGACUAGUAUUCUGCCUGGCACCAGAACCGCCCCCCAAAUGAUAGGUGUUACGUAGUAGCUCACUGAAUAUGUAUCCCAUUAGGGUAAUGAAAAUGGAUACGUUUGGCCGCCAGAAGGGGCAACCGUAUCCUCUGCACCUCCCAUGGAAAAGGGCGUGGAAAGAGUCGCGUGAGCUAAGACUACAUCUCCCGCUGCCCUUUGCGGCUAUGCUGGUUCGCCUUACCCAGAAUCGCUCCCUCCGCAACCUUGCGUCUUUCCGCGGAGGCCCCGGAUGUAGAAUCCCUCUCAGUCAGUGGGCGUGGCUUUACAAUGGCUCGGAGACCUGGGGCUCCCUUACUGGUUGUGGUCCUUCCGACCGGAUUGGACGCGAAGGAGGGGGCGUUGGCCAAGGCGCGCGGUGCUCUAGCGACAGCCAAUCAGAAACCUGGUCGGCCUUUGGCGGGAGGCGGUAAAGCUGAGGCUUUGCAGAUUUGGCGCGAGCGCGGCUGGGCUUUACUGACGCUGGUGUGUAGUUUAUUCGGUAGCUUGGCCUGAAGACUCCCUGAAGCCGUGUGCGAGAGACGUGAGGAAGAGCCGGUACUGAGGUGACUCAGCCUUGUGAGCCGUGUUGCCGUCAUGCCUCAAACCCGAUCCCAGUCACAGGCUACAAUCAGUUUUCCAAAAAAGAAGCUGUCUCGGACAUUGGACAAAGCUAAAAACUCUGGUGAUACCAAACUAGAACUGACCUAUGUCCAGGCCACCCACCGUUCUAAUGUAAAAAUUCUGCCUCUCAGCCCCAGAAAACGUCUGGGUGAUGACAAUCUGUGUAACACUCCCCAUUUACCACCCUGUUCUCCACCAAAGCAAGGCAAGAAAGAGAAUGGCCCCCCUUGCUCACGUUCACCUAAGGGGCGCAGAUUGGUAUUUGACAAUCAGCUGACAAUUAAGUCUCCUAGCAAAAGAGAACAAGCCAGAGCUCACCAAAACAAAAUCCAUUCCUCAGUUCGAAAAGGUCAAGAGAUAACAACAGAUUCUGAGCAGAGAUGUCCAGUGGAGAAAGAAUCUGCAUGUGUGAGACUGUUCAAGCAAGAAGGCACUUGCUACCAGCAAGCAAAGCUGGUCCUGAAUACAGCUGUCCCGGAUCGGCUGCCUGCCAGGGAAAAGGAGAUGAAUGUCAUCAGGAAUUUCCUGAGGGAGCACAUCUGUGGGAAAAAAGCUGGAAGUCUUUAUCUUUCUGGUGCUCCUGGAACUGGAAAAACUGCCUGCUUAAGCCGAAUUCUGCAAGACCUCAAGAAGGAACUGAAAGGCUUUAAAACUAUCAUGCUGAAUUGCAUGUCCUUGAGGAGUGCCCAGGCUGUAUUCCCAGCUAUUGCUCAGGAGAUUUGUCAGGAAGAAGUAUGCAGGCGAGCUGGGAAGGACAUGAUGAAGAAACUGGAAAACCAUAUGACUGCAGAGAAGGGCCCCAUGAUUGUGUUGGUGCUGGACGAGGUGGAUCAGUUGGACAGCAAAGGGCAGGAUGUAUUGUACACACUGUUCGAAUGGCCAUGGCUAAGCAAUUCUCGAUUAGUGCUGAUUGGUAUUGCCAAUACCCUGGAUCUCACGGACAGAAUUCUGCCGAGGCUUCAAGCUAGAGAAAAAUGUAAGCCUCGGCUGUUGAACUUCCCACCUUAUACCAAAAAUCAGAUAGCCACUAUCUUGCAGGAUCGGCUUGAUCUGGUAUCUAGAGCUCAGGUUCUGGACAAUGCUGCAAUUCAGUUCUGUGCCCGAAAAGUCUCUGCUCUUUCAGGAGAUGUUCGAAAAGCGCUAGAUGUUUGCAGGAGAGCUAUUGAAAUUGUAGAGUCGGAUGUCAAAAGCCAGACUGUCCUCAAACCGCUGUCUGAAUGCAAAUCACCCUCUGAGUCACUGGUUCCCAAGCGGGUUGGUCUUAUUCACAUAUCCCAAGUCAUCUCAGAAGUUGAUGGUAACAGAAUGACUUUGAGCAAAGAAGGAGCACAAGAUUCCUUCCCUCUUCAGCAGAAGAUCUUGGUCUGCUCUUUGCUGCUCUUGACCCGGCAGCUAAAAAUCAAAGAGGUCACUCUGGGGAAGUUAUACGAAGCCUAUAGUAACGUCUGUCGCAAACAGCAGGUGGCAGCUGUGGACCAGUCAGAGUGUUUGUCACUUUCAGGGCUCUUGGAGGCCAGGGGCAUUUUAGGAUUAAAGAAAAACAAGGAAACCCGCUUCACAAAGGUGUCUUUGAAGAUUGAAGAGAAGGAAUUAGAGCAUGCUCUAAAAGACAAAGCUUUAAUUGGAAAUAUCUUAGCUACUGGAUUGCCUUAAAUUAUUUUCUUUUAUACUAAUAUGCUACCCGAAAGUAUCCAGCUGGCGUUGAGAGCUCUGGAGUCUUCAUUUUAGUACUUUAUCCAUUCAGGUCUGAAAACAAAUAUGACCUUUUUUUUUUUUUAAUCUCACGUAAUCUACACCCAACAUGGGGCUCGAACAAAAGUUGCAUGCUCUUUUGACUGAGCCAGCCAGGUGCUCCUAAAUAUGACCUUUUUUAAUGUGAAACUGAUAAAUUUUAAUCUAUAGACUGAUGAAUAUUAACACAAUAAUAAUUUUGGGUCUUAUUUUUAUGCAUUAAAAAUCACCAAGUAGACUCUUUUUAAUUAUAUUCACUACCUCCACCUCUUGUGUCUCGAACCAGUAUGCUUGUAUUACAGUAUACAGGAUUUAUAUGGUGGAAUGUGCCUAUAUUUACCUCUUAGUUUCUCUCAAACAUUGGUGUAUUUUAAAGAACUUUGGGGCUAGAGUAAGAAGAAUGAAAAAGGAUGUUCCAGGAAAAUAAGCAAGUCUACGUGGAGAUCUGAAGACACUUUGAUCAAAGAAUUUCUUUCUUUUUGGAGUAUAUUGUGUUCACUUCGCACAUACUUCCACACUGUGACAUUUUAGAGACUCAUUAAGUUUCUUGGGCACUCCCAAGGUUGUGGGGGUGGUGAAAGGAAUGUAACUGUACGGAUUGUGAAUAUAUUUAUUUCCUAGUUGCA